ACGACGCGCCCAUCGUUCGGACGUGUUUGUGAGAGAAAAAAAGAAGACUGGGUCUUGGCCGGAUCGUUUACUAAUUUAAAUUCUAAUCACUAAACAGCAUGAAGUGCUUGCUAGUAUUCGGACUGAUUGUGGCCGUAUUCGGUGCCUUUGUUGGCUACGGAUAUUUGCUAUUUACUGAUUUUACACGGCCACUGCCAAAGCCCGAGUUCAAUGAUAAUACCUAUUGGGGAACCGGCGAUGGCGACAACUAUAUAGCCGAUGAGGAGAUCUAUGAAUUUAAAUUGCAAGUGCCAAGUGAGGAUAUCGAGGAUUUGCGUAAACAAUUGAAUCGCACACUUCGUCUAACCGAACCUUUGGAUGGCAUUGCCUUUGAAUAUGGCUUUAAUACCUAUGCCCUGCAACAGUUUGCGGACUAUUGGCGUGACAAGUAUCUAACAGUUUGGGAUGAGCGUGAGGAGUAUCUCAAUUCAUUGAAACAGUUUACAACCGAGAUACAAGGACUAAAUAUACAUUUCAUACACGAACAUGCCAAAGAGGAGGCAAAGGCCAGAAAGCAUGUCUAUCCAUUGCUUCUUCUUCAUGGCUGGCCGGGAUCGGUGAGAGAGUUUUAUGAUUUUAUUCCCAUGUUGGGCAAGGAUCAGAAUGUCUCGGACUAUGCUUUCGAUGUGGUUGCCCCUUCACUGGUGGGCUUUGGCUUCUCCGAUGCUGCAACUCGUCCUGGUUUCAAUGCUGCCGAAAUGGCCACAGUAAUGAGGAAUUUAAUGUUGCGUCUGGGCUAUAAGGAAUUCUUUGUUCAGGGUGGUGAUUGGGGCAGCAUUAUUGGCAGCAAUCUGGCCACACUAUAUCCGGAAAAUGUGUUGGGUUAUCAUUCCAAUAUGUGUGUGCUGCAUACUCCUUUGGCUUUCCUCAAGGGCAUCUAUGCCAGUUAUUUCCCCGAAAAGGUUUUACCCUCUCGCUUCUUCAUCGAUCAUCAUUUCCCACUGUGGGAAAAGUAUGAGGGACUGCUCAAGGAGAGCGGUUACUUCCACAUACAGGCCACCAAACCGGAUACCAUUGGCGCUGCCCUAACAUCUAGUCCUGUGGCCCUGGCCACUUAUAUAUUGGAAAAGUUCCAGACCUGCGCUGGACCGGGUUUGGCCCAAGAUUUUGGAGCCAUUACCACAGUCUAUGGCCUGGAGGCUGUUUUGGAUAAUUUGAUGAUCUACUAUUUGAGUAAUUCAGCAACCACGGCAGCUCGUUUCUAUGCCGAGAAUGUGUCCAAGGAGUACAGAGCAUUGCAAUUGGAUCGCGUUCAAUCGCCUGUUCCCAUGGGUUGUGCUCGCUUCCGUAACGAUUUGCCUGCGGCUUUCGAUUGGCAGCUGCGGGACAAGUUCCCCAAUCUGAAGCAUAGCAUGUAUUUCCAACAGGGUGGUCACUUUGCCGCCAUGGAGAUGCCUUCCAUGUUGUAUAAUGAUUUCACAACCUUUGUACGCAAACUCGCUUUGCAUGGUGAGACUUUUUAGGCCAAAUUUAAUUGAUGUUUCCAUGUACAUACCCACCAUAUUAUAUUUAGUUAGAAACCUCCAUCAAAGCGUAAAAUGUUUUGUUAGUCAACUGCCUCAUUUUCUAUUUUGUUUUAGAAAUAUUUUGUUAUACCUAUAAAUUUAAAAGAAAAUGUAAGAAAAACGACAAUCAAAUACAAUUUAAAUAACUAAAAAUAAUCAA